AUGGACGGCGGCCGUAUCUUCAACUGGAUCAAUCUCGCUUUGCACAUUACACAGAUCACACCUUUGCUCUCAUCUACCUUUUUCCCAAAAGAACAUGAGUUCAAUGCAGCUCUAAAAUACCAAAUUACGCUUGAAACACUUGAACAAUGCUUGACAGCCUGCUACGAAGAGGAUGACUGCACAUUCGUCAAAUACGAUAAGGCUAAGGCUUGUUAA